CGAGAUUGGAAUUGGCAGAGAAGCGGCGUACACCGGCCAGCCCUCAGUUACGCUCCAGGCAGGAACGACGACACUCGUCAUUGACCAGUAUUGACAAACAGAGCGAGCGCCCGCUUGCCACCGUCGAGCUAUGGAAAGCAACAGCGAAAAUCAGGACGGGUCCGUCGACGGACCCGAACAAGCCGAUUCGACGAACGCGGCCACUCCGCUAUUCGACGUGUUGGAUUUGAUGGACAAGGAGAACUUCGAGCCAACGGUUCCGGACGCUGUCGCCGAAAAGCUGAUGCAAGUUUCCGGCUGCCUCACGACCGACCCCAAAGUGACAAAGCUGAUAGCCGUGGCUGCUCAGACAUUCAUAUCUGUAGUGGCGAAAGACGCUAUGCAGCAUUACAAGAUGAGGGGAGCACCCCAGUCCAACAAAUUUAGAGGCAAGGACGAGCAGCAUAACACACUAGUUAUGGAGGAUUUGAUUUCUUCUAUAGAAGACCGCGGGGUCGUUGUGAGAAAACCCCCCUAUUUCGUCUAAGUCGCUUUUGCAUUUCUCGCAAUAGCAUUGGGGAACUACGAGGGAACGCAAAUUUCAUUCCCAAUCGAAGAUAAACAAGUUGUUAUUUACAAUCCAAUGUUAAAAAUAAAUAAUACGUUCUCCCAA